GUGUAUGUUUGGUCUGUGCAGUCAAGGACCAUGUCGGUGGAUUUACAGACGGAUUCCUCGCUGCAGGUGGAGAUCUCCGAUGCAGUCAGCGAGAGGGACAAAGUGAAGUUUACAGUUCACACCAAGACGAAUCUCGCUCACUUCAAACAGCCUGAGUUCUCAGUCGUUCGUCAACAUGAAGAGUUCAUUUGGCUUCAUGACGCGUAUGUGGAAAAUGAGGAUUAUGCUGGGAUUAUAAUUCCUCCUGCCCCUCCCAAACCAAACUUUGAUGCAUCACGGGAGAAGCUACAGAAACUUGGGGAGGGAGACGGGUCCAUGACUCGCGAGGAGUUCGCCAAGAUGAAGCAAGAGCUGGAAUCCGAAUACCUGGCCAUCUUUAAGAAGACGGUGGCUAUGCACGAGGUCUUCCUGCAACGUCUGGCUGCUCACCCACAGCUCAGGGGGGACCACAAUUUCUAUGUGUUUCUGGAAUACGAUCAGGAGCUAAGUGUCCGUGGCAAGAACAGGAAGGAGAUCCUGGGUGGUUUUCUGAAGAACAUAGUGAAGACUGCAGAUGAAGCAUUAAUAACUGGCAUCUCUGGAAUUAAGGAAGUCGAUGAGUUCUUCGAGCACGAGAGGACCUUCCUCAUCGAAUAUCACAAUCGGGUCAAGGAUGCGACGCUGAAGUCAGACAAGAAGACCCGCUCUCACAAAAAUGUCGCUGAAGAUUACAUUCCAAUCUCUUCUGCCUUAUCUGGUUUGGGAACACUGGAUGCCAACCCACUUAGCAAGAACUUCCUGAAACUUGCAGAACUCUUUGAAAAACUUCGGAAACUAGAAGGACGUGUGGCAUCUGAUGAAGACUUGAAACUUUCUGACUUGUUAAGAUAUUACAUGAGGGAUUCCCAAGCAGCAAAG